UCUGCCCGAUAUAUUCUCUACAAACAAUAAUGCACGUAUUUAUAUAGACAGGCAACAAAAUAUUGCUAAGUGAUUGAAUUAGUACAGCAAUGUUAUCAAUACUUUCAAAUCCUCUACGAACGUCGCUAAAGUAUUUGAGUGUUGUGCGAAGCCUUCAGAAUAGUCACCAACUUGGGAAAAAUGCGUCUUUAACCUCAACAGUGUCAGACUUUUUUUUAUUUCGACUUCAAAACCAGAAACAAUUAUCUCGCAGUCACAAUCGAUUCUACACUGUUGAGAAAUUCGUAUCUAGGGAUCCAGACAUCUUUGGUGACAUCGGAGGUAAUAAAUUCGAGGAAUUUCCUUUAGAUCCCGAUGAACGAGAACAAGAGCAAUUUGAAAAAACUGAAGCAACAGUUCCAAGAAGACUAAAACUCUCUAAGGGUCAAUAUGCAGAUUUGAUAAAGGAACGUAUUAGAAAAGGAGAUUUAGAAUCAGCAGUGAAAGUACUCAAUUUAGUGAAGGACAAUCGUGAUCAGCCAACUACAUAUAUGUACACUCUCCUAUUAAGAGCAUUCGCCGUCCAGGGAGAUUUAAAUACCACCUGGAAGUUGUUUACUUCGAUGAAGAAGCGAGCACUGAUGUUGAAUGCUGCAACGUAUGUGAGUGUCAUUAAUGCCUGCGCCAAUUCCUCUGAACGAGAGAUUGCUCUGGAUCGUUUGGAGAGAAUUAGGGAGGAAAUUAUCCUUAAGAACAUAGUGUUAAACGAGGUGCAUUACAAUGCACUGGUAAAGGCAUAUGGGAGACACAAGUGUCUGCUGGAGGCGUUCAAAAUAGUUGAUCAGAUGAUUGAUAAGAAGAUGACAAUUGGAAAGGCCACUUUCAAUUCUUUGCUUUAUGGUUGCAUCUCUGACAGGGAAAAUGGCCUGCGUCAUGCUCUAGUAGUCUGGCACAUGAUGCAGAGGUGGAGGAAGAAGCCUGAUUUAUUGACAUAUAAUCUCAUGUUGAGGGCGAUCAGAGACACUAAAAUGGGAAACUUGAAAACGAAUGAUAUUCUGCUACAUAAUUAUGAGGCAUCAAGGAUUGUAAUCAACGAUUCAUUCAGUCCUGAUCUGCUGUCACAUCCUCCUGUGGUCUCCAACAUUCGUUUGCCCGUGAGGAAUUCUGGACGAUCUCAGAUGACCUGUGUGGCUGCGACAAAAACACUGGCUAUAGUUAAAGAUAAGGGAGAGUGUGAGAAUUUCAAGUUAGAGGAGAUUCAUGAGAAAAAUAAAUUCAUCCUGUUCGGGGGGUUCAAUGGAUUCAUGCAGAGACUUGAGGCUGAUGGGAUCCACCCCGAUGCCAAAACUAUGACGUUAUUAUUAGAUGUUGUGCCUAAUUCGGUAGCCAUUGAACGUAAACUCAUCAAUACGGCAAGAACCAACAAGAUUCCUUUAGAUAUCGACUUUUUCAAUAUGUUGAUCAAGAAAAGGAGUUUCAGAAAGGAUUAUAAACAGGCUAAGAGGAUCCUAAUAGAAUCCGAGCUAAAAUGUCCCAAACUUACAAAAGCCAGCUACGUCUCCGUAGCACAAAAACAAAUGUUCCCAACCGACUAUCAAGCUCUUGUGUUUGAAGCUCUGGAGAAGGUCAGUGCCACAAAAUAUGCAAUCGCAAUUGCAGCACAUGUUGAGAGAAAACAGAUCCAAUACGUCUACAAAAUGUCUAAACAGAGAUUUUUCUGCUACCUGUCUUCCAAAGAGCUAGCAGACAAGUACUUAAAUGAAUUCAAAACAGUCAAAAUCAACAACAAAACCCUACAAGCCAGUCCUCUCGUCGCAAGACAUCAGAGAAUCAUCAUCUCUAACGUUCGUCCCAGUAUCUCCCACGAAGUUAUUGAAAAGCCUCUCAAAGAAAAGAAAAUUGAAAUAACUUCCCCAGUGAAAUUCAUGAAAGCAGGAUUGGAUGCCGGCGAAGGCUUCGAUCAUGCUAGCCUCGACGCAUCCAAACACGUGGUAGCUGACUCAGAGACAGGAAACUCUGAGGACGACAUUUCGGAGACUAACGAGGAAUCCAUGAAAACCCGACCCCCAAGAUCGAAAAAGCAGAGAAAAAUAAGCGAUGAGCCUGCUGAGAUGUUAACACAAUUCGCCCCAGUUGAAGAAGAGAUGAGUGCUCUUUACUUCCCCCAACUAGUUAAUCUUGUGGAGAGAUCGAAAGAAAUUGUGAAGCCUGAAGUGAGAGCUGACGAUGCGGCAUCACAGCAAAGGGCAACAGAAUGGGAGAGAAAUGAUAGAAAAGCCAGAUCGGACAUCAUUCUGAAUAUCAGCCCGUCUGAAGUGAAAUUAGUUAAGGGCUGUACAACAUCGAAAAUGAUGUGGGACAAGCUGAAUUGGGACAACUGA